ACGUUCAUGGCAAGUCAUGGCUUCACCAGCACACGCCGCCCAUCGGAGUCAACGGUGCCACUGCAUAUCAUACAAGCGGGUGGUGGAGGCUGGAUAAGUAGAUGGAUGGCUCGGUGCUGCUGGAAAGGAAUCAGGACUCAGCUCACAGAACGCAUGCCAUGUUGCCACUGCCCAUAGGUUCAAGGGUUUAGAAUAAACGAAUCGUCCCCAUAUUCCCAUCCACGAAGCACAGAGAUUCAUCAGCAUGGGGUGCUUUCUCGAAGUCCACCAUCUCUCAUGCGCCUAGAAACACUCCAAACGUAUCCAUCUGCGGCAGUCUUGUCGGCCUAUAAAUAGCUAGCAUCCACGACAAUCUGUACAUGGCCACUUUGGCAUCCUUGGGCAAGCACCAAAAUCCAGGCCAUGGCAAUCGGCACAGCGUGGUGGUUCGUUGCUGCAGCGGUUAUUGCCACGUCGACAGACGCCGCCAGCGGGAUCUGCUACGAUUCGUUUCAAGCUAUCGGCAACGUCGAUGCGCAUUUCGCCUUUCUCAAGCAAAAGUUUGGCGCCGUUCGCACGUACCAAACGUCGGUCGCCAACCAGUUGAACCUCAUCGAUGCCGCUGCGACAGCGGGCCUGCAAGUGGCAGCGGGGAUCUGGCUUCGGGGACCGAUUGCGUUCGAGGACGACUUGAAAGCUGCCGUGGAUGGCGCCAAGCGCCACCCAAACAACGUUGUCGCUGUGUACGUGGGGAAUGAAGACUUGGACCACAAUUGGAGUGCGUCGCAAAUCGCGGACAAGAUCCGCGUGGUGCGGGCGGCGUUCGCGGCACAGGGCCUUGGCCGUAUUCCAAUUGGAACGGUGCAAACGGACGGACAAUUUCUCGCGAAUCCCGACCUCGUUGCGGUUUGCGAUGUUGUCGGUGUCAACAUUUACCCAUUCUUUGACGCGUCGGCGUUCUCCAUGAUGUUUCCUGUCGACAAUCUCGACAAGCGGUACGCAGCUAUGGUGCGAACGUUUGGACAGAAAGUCCGCCUCACCGAAACGGGGUGGCCCAGUGCCGGCAUCACGCAAGGCAACUACGUGUCCAGUCGUGCCAAUGCUGCCCAGUAUUUUAAGGACUACGAGGCGUGGGUGGACAAGUUGACGGGCGAGACGAGCCAAUGGCCAUUUUACUUUCAAUUUGCUGAUGUGCCGGCCAAAGUCGGCUUUGAGGGCCACUUUGGGCUGUCUGUCGAUGGCGCGUCGUGGAAGUUUGACGUGAUUCCGACGACGACGCCUGCCCCAACGACCACAACGCCCCCACCCACGACGACGACUCCAAAACCGACCACCACGACCCCCAAACCCACCACAACGAUGGCAUCUACCUCAACUGUAUCCCCCGCAGCAAAUGCCGCGAACGGUUCGCCCAAGUCAGCAGCAGCGAACUUACCCAAUGGAGCUGGCGCGGAUUCCUCUGGCAAUCCAAGUCCUACGGUCCUGCCAAACGAUGCUCCACCAGCCCCGGCGGCUAAUGGCAAUCUCGGUGGCGGCUCGAAGGAAAAUACCGUGGAAGCGAUUACGGCUGACGCCAAGUCAUCGACGAGCACUUCAAGCGGUGCCGCGGCAGGGUGGAGCGUCUUUGGCAUUGUCGCAGGGCUCGUCGUGGGAUUCGUUGCCAUUCGAAAGUACCGCCAGUACUUGAACAAGAAGGACCGAGACGUAUGCACCGACGCAUCCGGUCAGACGUUUAUGACGUACCAGCGAGGUGAAGUCGCAAUUUUGUAAUGCCAGUCUUUCCAAAUAUCGUUUCGUGCCCCCUAUUCACACCAUACCAGCUCUGCCACCAACGCCGAACGACUGGUUUCGAACGUCCAGCACCUCGUGCACGCGACUCUUUGGUUCAAAAACCAUUGGCGUCAUCGACAGAAGUCGCGCUCUUGUACACAGCAUGACGACCACGGAAGCUCACAUUCCGAUGCUGCCACGGGAUCGAAGCACCGUUUUUGACAAGUCUACGAAGGUCCUGCGACUAGGUAGCGCCGUUAUAGCUGUUCAUCAAUGGACAAUGAUUAGCUUCC